UCUCCACAUUCACCUUAAGGAAAGGAAGAGGGGAGAACCGAGGUCCAAGGUAUCAGAAGCCAUGGCGAGAGUCGAAGCGGUGGUGGUAUGCCUCCUCAUCGUCGCCAUGGAUGUCGCCGCCGGCGUGCUCGGGAUAUACGCCGAGAAAGCUCAGAACCAGGGGAGGCACCUGCGGAUACUGUUCAUCGAGUGCCGGCAGCCGGUCCGGCAGGCCUACAAGCUCGGCGUCGCGGCGGCAGCGGUGCUGGCGGCGUCGCACGCCAUCGCCAACAUCGUCGGCGGCUGCGCGUGCGUCUGCUGCUCCGGCGACAAGCUCCGGCGCUCGUCGCCCAACCGGCAUAUGGCGUCCUUCGCCCUGGUGCUCACAUGGAUGGUUCUGAUAGUGGGGCUGGCGCUGCUGGUCCUCGGGGCGCUGCCCAACUCCAAGAAGUCGAUGGCGCACUGCGGGGUGAUGCGGCACAACUUCCUCUCCAUCGGCGGCAUCCUCUGCUUCGUGCACGCGCUCUUCUGCCUCGUCUACUACGUCUCCGCCAACGCCGCCGCGCGGGAGGAAAGCGGCCGCGGCUCCAAGGCCGUCGGCGUGCACACCUGACGUGAUCGACCAUGCAUCAUCUCUUCCUUUCAACCGCGAGCCUGCUUUUUUGCUUGGUUAAUUUCUUCUCUGCUGUGAAAUAGGGUGUGAUUCUGCAGUUCUGCUCACUGUGGGCAUGAUGUGUUGGCAUCGUGUUGAUGAACUACGUAGUGAUAAAUUGUGUGUAGCAGUUUUGUCGUGUUCAAUAAAAUCUUUUUGAUUA